CUGCUGCAAGGUUCUGUCUGCAAACUUACAAGCAAAAAGCAUUUCAAGCUGUUGGACUAUAGCGUGUCUGCCGGCCUCUCCCCUCCCGUUGCUAUGCUAAGCAUAUUCUCCGCGAGUUGCACUGAAAGAUCAUCAAAUCAUCAGUCGAUCAUAUCCUUUUUGAUGCUUCAUAUUGCUUUACUUGUUGGUAGGAGAAUUUUGAACCAAAAAUUAGCUGAGACUCCCCGGUCUAUUUUUCUCUUUGUCAUCCGGCAAAAUGCGAGAAAUCUGAUCUGAGAGACCAUGAUUUUUCCAUGGUUUCUCAUCUGGGUUGAACUCGUCAGUUUGAACGCCGCUUGGCAAUUUUAUGACGCGACGCUGUGCUCUUCGGAUACUGAUAAUCCCGGCAGAAGAUACGCCUGCAAUUCCUUCCAGAAAUCAUGCCAAACCUUCGUCGUGUACAGAGCCGGCCAACAGUUUCAGACCAUCUCAAACAUCUCUGGCCUGUUCAGAAUGGAACCCGAUGUGUUGCUUCCAUUGAACAACCUCACCUCGCCUUCCGAGAUUCUGGAACCGGCCAGAGAGGUUCUUGUUCCCGUCAAUUGUUCUUGCACGGGCCAGUUUUUUCAGGCCAGUGUCCGGUACUUGGUCGCCGAGAACACGACACGUACUGAAAUUGCCUGCGGGGCGUUUGAAGGAUUGCUUAAACCAAUUACACUUGCGGAGGAAAAUCCAUCUCGAGAAAACAGCAGCAAGGUUGGUUCUGUUCUUGAUGUGCCUUUGAAAUGUGCUUGUCCUGAUGAAUUUACAAGUAGCAAUGGCGUUAGUUACCUUGUCACAUACCCUAUUGUACUAGGAGACUUCGUAAAUAAAUUGGGAGAAAAAUUUGGAAUUUCCCCUCAGGAUAUAUUGGAGGCUAACCAUUUGGACCCUACAUCUGCAAUUUAUCCGAACACAACUGUUCUGAUUCCGAUAAAAGGCAAAGUGGCAAUCAAUUUUGAUCUUCCUGAUUCUGAUCCUCCAGCUCCGGGUUUUCUUCCUACUGUCCCUGUAGAAAAGAUUAAAAAGAGGGCGAAUUUGAAGAUCUUGUACGUUACAGUGUCAAUUGUAGGCUUCUCUGUUCUACUGAUAGCUGUGCUUGGUUGUUGUUUUUACGUUAAGGCCUUUAACAUAUGGAGGGCUGAUCGGAUUCAGUCAUCAGCUCGGAGAAGCGUUCUCACCCCUUGUUCAACACCCCGAACUAGCUCUCCGAGAUCUGGCCAAACGACCAGAAGCUCCACAAAUUCAUGUCUAUCGCCAGAUCUUCUCGCUGGAAUUAAAUAUUCUUUUUGCAGUUACAACAUAGAGGAGCUCAGAAGUGCAACUAAAGAUUUCAGCAAAGAGGCUAAGAUAACUAGCUGUGUCUAUAAAGGGUUGGUGGAUAAUGUUGAAGUGAUGAUCAAACGGGUGAGAUUUGAAGAUACCCGCUCGGUUAUCGAUGUGCAUUCUAAGAUCAACCACAUCAACAUUGUGAAAUUGCUUGGGGUUUGCUAUGGAGAGAAUGACUUUUCCUGGUCAUAUAUUGUCUUGGAAUCCCCUGCAAAUGGCUGCUUAAGAGAUUGCUUAUCAAAUUCAUCUAGUUCUCUCCGGUGGCACAGACGAACUCAAGUGGCAUUUGAUAUUGCAACCGUGCUUCACUAUUUGCACCGUUGUAUGAUUCCUCCUUGUACCCACAUGAGCAUCACUAGCAGAAACAUCUUCAUGACACAGAACUGGAGAGCAAAGCUGGCAGUUUUUGGAAACAGCCUGGCUGCUGGAUCCUCAAAAGAAAACGAAAACAAGGGCAGUCCUGUUGGAGGGUGGGUUGCACCAGAGCAUCUAGAGAAUGGCCUGGCUUAUGAGAAAGUAGACAUUUUUGCAUUUGGGGUAGUUCUGCUUGAGCUUAUUUCAGGAAUAGACACCAUACAAGGGAAAUUGUUGGAAGAUUCCAUUGGAUUCUUGGGAGGGGGAGCUGGUGAAGGUGGUUGUUUUGAGCAGCUGAGGAAUUUCAUGGAUCCAAGCCUUAAGGAGGGUUAUCCUCUGGCGGAGGCCUUGUGUUUAGCUGUUUUAGCUAAGGCUUGUGUGGAAGAUAAUCCACUGCAUAGGCCAUCCAUAGAUGAUAUCAUGAAAGUCCUUGCCAGAAUGAAUGAGCAACCAUAAUCAGAUUUUCAUAGUCAUCAAUGUUCAUAGUAUGAUAUUUCUUGCCGAUAAUAUUGGAUUACAUGAACCCUGCAUUGGAAUGUUGCAUGAUUUGCGGAUGUUAAUUUGACUAUGACUAGUCUCACUGCUCCUUUUUUUUUUUUUCCCUUCUGUUGGAACGUUGUAUUUAUCUGUAAAUUCUUUGGUGGAUUUAUGAUCUGUUGGAACAUUGUAUUUGCAAAAAAAAUUAGGAUAA